UAGUUGCUCUAAUAAAAGAUACCACAUUUACCCACAGAAUCUUGUCUGCCUCUAACCCAGCAGGGAGUUAGUCUGAAUUAACACUAAAUAAGCUACCUGCUGUGGUGCAGGCUGAGUAAUGCCUGCAUUCUGAGAGUAUGAUGACUGUUUUGAUUGGAAAAGGUCACCCGGGACCCUUCCCUUCAAGAUACCCUCUCGCUCCAGAUCCUAACAACCGUUGCUGCUCUGAGGCUACUUGGGAACCACAAGACACUUUCUCCCUUGACUCCUGGCUGAGCCAGAGAGGCUAGAAUUAAACUUAAAGCCUUGGAUAACUAUAUUCUCUGUCACCAGCUGCUGGACACUUUGUGGCUGGAGGACUGUUGUCCUGAAUUGUAAUAAAUUAACUCAUCCACCUUUUGGGGGGCAAGUGCUUUGGGGAGGAACUGAAGUGUUCACUGUUGCUUCCUCUUUUUGAAGCCCACAGGCUGUAACGAUCCAGGCCCUGAAUGUCCUGCUUCAGCCAAUGGACUGUGUUUUGAGAUCAGCCUCCCAACCUUUGGAAUGCCCAGGUUUCCUGGGUGAGUCUGUAAAGGAUUCUGCUGUUGUUGAGAAUCUUCUGUCCUCCAAGCCAUCUUGUGCUGCUCUCCUGUGUCAGACUUUAGCUCAUCUGGAGGAGCUGCUGUGCAUGGCUAGUUUGCCAGUGGAUGUGCCCCAUAUACCUCUGCUGCAAUCUGUCAUGAUAACAUUACAAUUCUGUAAUGGCCUUGCAACUCCAGUCUCCUGUCUGGGAAGUAGGAUGAGCAGAAUCCUGAUUGGUUGCUUCAGAGUUCAGAGGUCAGCGCUUGACCUUCUGGGAGCUCUGUCUCAGUGGGCAAGUGAUGCUGCAUUCAAGGAAAGUGUAUUUGAUAUCCUUCUUAAAUACCUGGAGGGUCCAGAUAGCAGUCCUACCGUUCUGAAAAAAUCAUUUCAAGCUACGUUCAAGUGGAUUUUGUGCUUAUGUGACCCUCCCAGCUUCAGCAAUCACUGGCAGCAGACUGAGCAGGUUCUUCAACGUCUGUUCCUGGCACUGCAGAAGCGGAUGUGCAGCCCUUGCUGGGAAGUCCGGGACUCUGCCCUGGAGUUUCUCACCCUCCUAGUUAAACACUUGAGAGAGCGGGAUGGGUUCAGGCAAGUUCUCUUCUCUUCGGAGGUGCCAGGACUUGCAGAGGAUCUUCUUCGAGACCCAGAGAGUUACGUGCGAGCAAGUGCUGUGGCUGCCAUGGGGCAGCUUUCCUUCAUCACCCACCUUGUCUCAAACAUACCUGCCCCAGAUGAUGUAAACAACAAAGAGGAAGACAUUGUAACAGAGUUACACGAAAUCUUAUCCACCGACUCGGAGGGCUUCCCUCGAAGGGCUGUGAUCCGAGUCUUCACUGACUGGCUGAGAGAAGGCCACGCAGAGGUGCUAAAAGACACUGAGCAGUUUGUCUCCCGAGCAAUCCAGGCUGUGAACGGUGACUUAGACUGGGAAGUCAAAGUCAGUGGUCUGGAACUGGCUCAAGCGUUUUCUGCCCAGACGCUUAGCCAGCCUGGCCUUGCUGGAUGCCCAUAUUCUGCUGUCUUAUCCUCUGCCACCCGCUCCACUCGUCUGAACGAGUCCCUGCAGAUAUUUCAGCGAGUGAAGUUGUUUGAGUUCCUGUUUGGUGCAUUGUGCGACUGUGACAGGCCAGUAGCUCAGAAAGCCUGCGAAAUUCUCCUGGCCUUGAAAGCUCAGCUCUGUGAUGAUAGCCCGACAGACAGGCUGGGACCUGGAGGUUUACCUGCAGAAGUGCACAGCCUUGCUCAGUUAGAAACGACUGUGAGGAGAUGGAUGUCCCAGGCCCAGACCAAUCCCAGUGGUGAUGGCAAUGGGGUUAGCUCCCAUGAGCCACACAGUGUCCUGCUGGUUCUGGGAACAAUUGACUUAGAGGGGCUCCGCGCAGCUCUGGAUAAGAGUAGUGAUCACAUUGAGAAGAGCCCCCAGUCCCUCCUGCAGGACAUCCUGGCUACUGUGGGGACACUGGAGGAGAAUGAAGCUGACUGCUACUGACCUCUAUGCUAGGCUUCUGCUCUGAGUGGGCGUUAAUUGAAGCCACUGUCUGGUUGCAGGAGAAUUUGUUUGCUACCCACGAGUAGAGAUGAGGGAUAUAGUCUGGAGAAAGACAAGCUGUUAGGGAGUCUGUCCUCCUCCUGGGCCUUUCCCUCUCUUGAAUGGGUUAGACCGUCUUUUGGGCAUGCCGCCAUUUCCCAUGUGGUGCAGUAAUUGCCAAAGAACAAUUUUUGUUAAAUGCACAUUUUAUAUUAAAUUGUUUCUCAGCCGGAUGCCUCCACUUCAUUUUAACACACAUCCUUUGCUUUAGCCUG